UGCGGGAGUCCGUCUCCCACGGUCCCUGUCUCACAGACUCACACCGCCCUAGGCUGAGGAGGCGGCUUGGGAGAAACAGGCGUUCUAGCAAGCCGGGCUGGCAAAACCGUCUGCGCGGCAGCCGAGAUUACUCUGAACUGAAGUCACCCUGCUGCAAUGAAAGAAUCACAGACCGUGUGUUAAUAUUAAACCGGAGCGACGGGUUUCAGCAAAAGCCCAUAUUGCACGGGGAAAGAGGUACCUCCCUCGCUCGCCGCCACACCGGACCGAACUGUAUUCCAUAAAGGAAGGCACGCGCAGGGGCUGAUGAAGUCAUCUCUACUAGCCCUGGGAGCCAACCCGUAGCUACCAUGCAAUGCAUUCCUCUUGAUGCCUUUAUCAGGAGGAACCUCGUCGUCGGCGAAAUGUCUUAAGAAGUAGGUCACCGCUUCGGAAUUUAUCUAUGGAGCCCCGGAAAAAAGGUGAGGAGAUGAGAGAGCUGUUUGUCAGUGCAAGCUAAUUUAGCAACGUGGCUCUGAAGGAUGUUUAUUACCGGCGUGGUAUUACGGAAGCAUGUGUCGAAAAUUCAUAAAUGAACAUUAAAUGGCAUUCAGUUAAUACAUUAAUUAGAUUGUCUUUACGGUAUAUAUAUGCAGUAUAGCCUCGCUGACAAGGACGUUUUUAUUUUUGCGGCAGCGUGCGUUUGAAACAGUUUACAAAAACACUGGAACAAUGUGUUCGUUUUGGAAAUUCAACAAAGUGCGUGACAAAACAUCACACAGAACCACGUGCCGCGGAAGACUUGAAGGAAUCAUCAUCUCAAGAUUUGCAUGAUUAGCGAUGCCGUAGAUUGGAGAGGAUGGAUAAGUUUUUGGAAAUAGCACCUCAUUCGCUGGCCAUAGUGCUGUCUCGGGUCGGCACCGAGGACUCCCCCACAGUGACCGAAACGCUGCAACAUCACACCGGUUAUGAAAUAUUUGCGGACUUCAAAGCCGAAAACAUGCAACACUUCUGGAACAAAAAGGUCACAGAUGCCAUAUCAGAGACUUUCUUUCUCGGCUGGAUAGACGAGCACGUACUGCUCAUUCAGGGCAAAGAGGAUCACCUGGAGGUGCUGCGCGAGGGAUGGAUGCGGAGAUCGCUGAAGCCACCGCGAGGGUUUGAAAUCAAGUGCCUGGGUGAUGUGUCACCCAUCAGCAUGUCUCCGAUCAGCCAGUCGCAGUUCAUCCCGCUGGGGGAGAUCCUCUGCUUGGCCAUCUCAGCCAUGAACUCGGCACGCAAGCCUGUCACCCAGGAGGCCCUGAUGGAGCACUUAGCAACCUGUUUCCCAGGUGUUCCAACACCAAGUCCGGAGAUCCUCCGUCACACGCUGAGCAUGCUGGUGAGGGAGAGGAAGAUCUACCCGACACCGGAGGGGUACUUCAUUGUCACGCCCCAGACGUACUUCAUCACACCCUCCCUCAUCAGGACUAACAGCAAGUGGUACCAGCUGGACGAGCGGAUACCGGCAGACCGGCAGCAGCAGCAGUGCACCUCCCCGCAGUCUGGCACCAUUACGCCCUCCGCCUCCGGCUGCGUGCGCGAAAGGCCACACCACAAGAACCACUGCGACUCCUAUAACUCGUACCGGGACGACCUGCACAGCACCCACGCCUCCACCCUCCAGAGGAAGUCCCCCAAAGAGCUGAAGGAACCCUACCCGCCCCCACCUCUGGCAAGCACCCUGCACCAGGCCGCCCCUGCUGCAGCCGCCAACACGGAGAAGAGCAAGAGUACCACUAACUUCUCCUACAAGACGGACACGCUUACCAAGCGCAAGGAAGGGGUGACUGGCGAGAAGCAGUCCAAGAAGUUUGGGCUGAAGCUAUUCCGGCUGAGCUUCAAGAAGGACAAAGCCAAGCACCUGGCCAACUUCUCCGCUCAGUUCCCUCCGGAGGAGUGGCCGCUCCGGGACGAGGACACGCCCGCUGCCAUUCCCCGGGAGGUGGAGAUGGAGAUCAUCCGGCGGAUCAACCCAGACCUCACGGUGGAAAACGUGAUGCGGCACACAGCGGUGAUGAAGCGGCUGGAGGAGGAGAAGGCCCAGAGGAGCAAGGCGGGGUCUUCAGCGCAGCACAGUGGCCGCAGCCGGAGGAGCCGGGGCCACCGGAAGCUGCACGGGAAGCCCCGCUCGCACAGCAAGACCCGGGCGUCCCGGGGCGACCCCUCGGAGGGCUCCAACCUGGAGGUGGCGGCCGAGCGGGACUACGGCUUCCAUGUGGCCGCCACCCUGGCCCGGACAACGCGGGAUCGCAUGUUCUCAGUGGAGCGCAGCAGGGGGAGCUACCUGGUCCACAGCAACCCCAACAUUGUGGAGUCCCACUUUCCUAUUACACCUGAGUGGGAUGUCUCGGGGGAGCUGGCCAAGAGGCGGACAGAGAUGCCUUUCCCAGAACCCUCCCGGGGAACGUCCCACUCCAAGGUUCACCGCAGCCACAGUCACACGCAGGAUCGGAAGUCGCGCAACGAGAGGUCGGACAAGGCCAAAGAGAGGUCCCGUUCCAUGGAAAACUCUAAGGGCCCACUCGGGGGGCCUGCUUCGGCCGGGGGCACGUCUGAGGACUUCGAUCACAGCCCCGACGACCGGAGCCGUUACUACACUGAUGACGGGACCCUGAGGGCUGCCCAGGCACCCCAUUAUUCACGAAUUAUGUUCUCCGCUGCUAAAUUCAACUCUGAGGUUUGUGUGCCUGAUAUCGGGAAGGGGCCCCUCGAGGACCUCAGGAUCUGCAGUCCGCAUGAAAAGAACAAGAGCCGGGACAGUCUGCCAGCCUACAGCGACUUGAAGGCCUGUUCGCCCAAGCCCACGGCUGAUGACUACUUUCAGUGCAAUACGUCCAACGAAACAAUCCUCACCGCCCCCUCACCCCUGAGUAAAACUGACCAUGACACUUUGACCUCAUCGGAUGGCGUGAGGAAGGGGUCUCCGUCUGACCGGAAGACCCCUCUCCUCACCUCCCCACACCCGAUUGAGUACAAAGAUGAUGCAGCUAAGGGACAGAAUGGUGUCAGCCCCCUGGUGGUGAGCCAGACGCCAGAGCCUAUGCCCAACGGACGUUUGAUACACCAACACAACACAGACCCUGGUGGGGGGGGCAGCACGGACAAGCGGAAGGAAAUAUUCAGCAAAGAUACUUUGUUCAAGCCCCCUCACAACCCCCUGGCCUCCAUGGGCUAUGUGGAGGGCGGUCACUCCAAAUCAGGCACGCUGCGCAAGUCCCCACACCCCAAGUCAGCUGAGGUCCCGGAUUGCCCGGAACCGGCCCCUGCGGCGCCGACCGGCGCCUCUGCCACGCCGGGCCCCGAGGCGACCCCAGGGGCCGCCGAGGCCGCCUUCGACUACUACAACGUGUCGGACGACGACGACUCGGAGGAGGCGGCGCGGAAGGCCACGGCGGGCGAGGGCAAGGUCCGGGAGGGGGGCGGGACCAUGCAGUGGCUGCUGGAGCGAGAGAAGGAGAGGGACCUGCAGCGCAAGUUCGAGAGCAACCUCACCCUCCUCAGCCCCAAGGAGGGGGAGAACAACAGCAGCCAAAAGUCUGCCCACUCGGCCCGCCUCGACAGCAUGGACAGCAGCAGCGUCACGGUGGAUAGUGGAUUUAACUCUCCACGCACACGUGAGAGUCUGGCCUCCAACACCUCGAGCAUCGUGGAGAGCAAUAGACGGCAGAACCCUGCCCUGAGCCCCGGUCACAUGGGCACCACCAGCAGCGGCCCCCCCUUCAGCUUCCGCAGUAUCCCGGAGCCCCCCAACACGCAGCCAGAGAAACUGCAGAAAUCGCCCAACUGUUUAGCUUCCAUCACGAGCGUCUGACAGUGGCUCCCCCUCCCCCUGCCCCCUCCCUGGACACGGGGACUGACUCCACCCCCUAAACAGAGACUGUUUCCUCACUGCAAGCAGAAUCUUAACGGAUAUCCUUCUUUCUCUCAUUGUAAGAUUACCCUCAGAUUAAGAAACUUCUUAAAAAUGAAAAAUAUUGUCUUAUGUGACUCAAACACAAGUUUUGUUUUGUUUUUUUUGCUCCUUAUUUAAAAUAUUUUGAAAGUAUUUUUUAAAAAUAAAUCUUAGAGAAAGGUGGUAUAAAGUGAAAAUGAUGAUCUGUUAUGGCAUUAUAAUUAAUCUGAUUUCACAAAGAUUACUUUUUGUGUAAAGAACAAAUUUGUGGUUGCAAUUUUUGGGUCUAUAAUUUGGGAUGUGAUUGCACAGCUUUGAAAAGAUUAUGGAAAAAUAAUAGAAAAGCUAAAAGUUAGAUCUGACUUUAAAGAUAGUGAGUUAUAAAUGUAAAAGAAUAUAGUUUAACAAAUCAUGUCUCCCUUUACCUGAGUAAAUAAAAAACAAAGCAUUAUUUUUUGGUACACUUACCAAAAAACUGUUUCUCAUUAUAAGAUUGCUAUUUAAGAAUGUAUUUUAUUACUUUCCUUCUGAAGAAUUCUUGUGUCCAAAUGAUUUUGAGAUUUAUGUAAGAAAUAUUUCUUCAAUGAGAAACCCCUUAAUAGUGUACGCAAGUAAUUUCCUAAUCUGGAAACUGAUUAUCUGGAAAUGACCGAAUACGUUUUCUUUUUUUUAAAGAUUUGUCCGUGUACUAUUUUCACACACUCAUCUUUGGUUAAGUGUUUUAUUAUGGACUGAAAUCCAUCUCAUCUUUCUUUUAUCCAGGUAAUAAAAUAGCAGUUGAUUGUUUGUGACCUGA